AUGUCUGGCACGUCGGGUGAAAAAUCGUUCAGAACCUUCCCUGAUGAACUCAUAAUCGAGAGCCUCACUUGGCUUCCAGCCAAAACCCUCCUUCGAUUCCGCUGUGUCUCCAAAUCAUGGCGUUCCGCGAUUUUAACUCCAAAAUUCAUCAAAGCCCACCUCAGGAAUUCUUGCAAGAGGGAUGAUUAUGCUCACCAUCGGGUUAUCUUUCGGUGUGGGACGUCGUAUGGUGAAACCAAGGUGCUCAAUGACGACAUUAGGUAUUUUCCACUCGCCCCUGCCUUGUUUGGUGAUGUCAAUACUCCUAUUGAGUCAACCCCAGUGGAGGAUCCUGUUAUGAAUAGCAGUGAGGGUCGUAUUGUGGGUUCUUCAAAUGGUAUCGUUUGUGUUUGUGUGAGAAAUGAUGUAUUUUUCUGGAACCCUGCGAUUGGUAAGUUUAAGAAAUUGCCUCAAUUUCGUACUUUAUCAAGGAAAUGGGAGCUGUGUCGAGUUAUGUUUGAGUACAACGAGGUUGAUGAUGAUUAUCAAGUGUGUAUUGUUGAUUUUGGGGAGAAAUGGAUUGCUUUGUAUAGUGGAAACACCAACUCUUGGAGGGAGAUUCAGGGGUUUGUCACUGAAUCGGGUCCAUGUUAUUUUUUUGUGCGUGGGAAGCUAUAUUGGGAGAAGGCCGGUGUUUUCCAAGGUGAUCUGGUUGUCUGUUGUUUUCAUCGGACAAGCCAUAUUGAUAUGUGGUUAUGGAAGGAACCGGGGUUGAGGCAAUUUUGUACCAAAGUGCUUUUAGUCCCUAAGUUGAAGGAUCCCAGCCGUAAGAAGUUUUGCGUGCCAAUUUUCAUGUCCAAGGAUGGGAAAAUUCUAUUAAGUACUGGAAGGUCUUGGCUCAUUCUGACCCAAUGA